AGUUCUUUACUUCGGAAGAAUAAGAUGGCGGAGAACUUGAGAGAUGCCCUUCGCGAUUUCGCCCUCAAAAAGAUGCGGGAUCUUGAAGCAGAGAGAUCUAACACGAGCAAGAAAGAUGAAAGUAUGGCUAGUAAAUCUCCCAAGUCAACAAAGAUAAAAAUCAACAGGGAUACUUCCAAACUGAUAUCAGGAUCAUCAAAAAAGACUGAAGAUUUGGAAACUUUCAAGUCUGAAUCUAAGGAAAGGACCAAGCGUCAUCAUGGGGAAUCCAGUUCCGGGAACAGUAAUAAGAUACAGAAACUCAUGAAGCUGUAUGAGCAAGAUGCAUCAAAUGCAGCGACUCUGAAAGGACAGGAUUUCAAUGCCUCACAACUGGAAGGGUCUGCACCUUUAAAGACAACACAUGUUCUUGCAAACAUUGAAGCAGAACCCCCAAAACCUGAUGUCAAGAUGACCAAGAAGGAUUCUAAAUCAACAAUGUUAUUGAAAAAAGAACCUUCAAAGGCUGAGCCUCAUUUUAAGGCUUUACCAUUGGGCAAAAAUAUGGAAUCUGAUGGUGAUGUUGUCACGGAGAAGAAGAGCGUUCCAAUGUUGGGUGAAAAGAAAACGAUCAAGAUAAAUAUCCAAACCAAAUUGUUGGCAUUACCACAAAAAUCAGAGAAAGUAAUUGUAAAGGAGUCAGACUCAGACUCUCGCAGCAGCAGUGAUGGUGAUGAUAGUAGUGACAGUGACGAUGAAAAUCAGAUUGCCGAUGGUUUACCAUGGAGAACCAUUCUGGAAGAUGGUGAGUUGUCACCAUCAUCAGAUGAAGCAGAAGAAGAAGGAGAAGAAGAAGAAAGAGGAGGAGAAGAAGAUGUCAAGGAGACAAGUGGGAAUUCGGAUAAGACUAUAGAAGAAAAGGAAAAAGAAGUGUUGGAAAUUAAGGGAAAAGAUAAGCGAUCCUCCAAACACAAACACAAGAGCAAACACAAGAAGCACAAGCAUAAGAAAAGCAAAAAGAAAAAGAGUAAGCACAAACGCAAGGACAAACAGGAAAAGGAAAGUUCUUGUGUAAAGAAUGCUGAUCAUGGGGCGAAUGGGGGAGUAGAAGAAGUUGAUGUUGAACAAAAGGGAGAAAAGGCAAGCUCUAGCAAGAAAAGGAGCAAAGAGCAAAAGCAGAAGGAAUCAAUGCAGGACUCAAAGGAGAAGAAAGGCAAGAGUAGUUCAAGUUCCAGUAGAAGAACGAGUGAAGAAAGGGAAGCAAAGGGAUUAAAACCGGAUGAAACUUUGAAAGAUGUUAAAGAUAUAAGAAGUAAAUCCUCAGAAAGAAAGGAAAAAUCUAGAAGUCAUGGAAGUAGAAGUAGCUCGAAGGAAAAGCAUGCAAAAGAUGCGAUGGAGGUCUUUAAGAAAUCAGAACCUGAUUUGAGUGUGGAGACAGGCAGAAGAAAGCACGACAUUGAUAAAAAAGAGAAAGCCGAUAGCAAGCAUGAAAAAGGGUCCAAGAGCAAUGAAAAAAUGACCAACAGAGAAAGUCUGAAAGAGAUAGAGAAAAUUGAAGAUGAUGUCAAAUCUGUGCAUUUAUCUAAAGAAAUUGAAAGAAGCAUCAAGGUUAUUGAACUAAAGCGAAUUGAGCUUGAGGAAGAAUGUAGAAAUGUCACUGGAAGUAACAAAAAAGCCAAAGAAGAAAUGUCACAUGCCAAGACAAAUUCUCGAAAGAGUGACUCAAAUGAAGAAACUGGGACUGAACAGGCAGGGCCAAAUCCCUCGCAUGCAGGUGGAAGCAUCUCAAUAACACUUUCUAGCAUAAAGGAUACUCCUAAAACUCAGAAAGAUGGCAAAAGCAACUCUAGCCACAAAAUUGAUAAGCAAAGACAUGAGAGUAAAUCAAAGGAGGAGUCAAGACAAAGGGAGGACAGUAGGAAUAGACAUAAAACAGAGGAGGGUAAAAAGGACUCAAAACAUGAUGAGAGUUCCAGUGAGGACAGGAGGAAAGACGAUAAGAGACACAAAGAGAAAAGGAAAGACAAAGACAAGGAAGAUAAAAAGCGUCACUCCAGGAAGAAUCAAGUAGCAACCAAAGUCAAGAUUGAUCAUCUUGAACAUGACUUUCCAUCUGCUGAAGAAUAUGCUGAUGUUUCAGGCAGCAUGGACUCAGCUGAAAAGAAGGAUGAUGUAAAAAGUGAUACGUCCACUCCAGGGGAAUCUGAACUCUCUGAAAUCAAGUCGCGAAUUGAAAAGCCUGUUGAAGCGGUCCUGCUAAAAGUGGAUGAAGUCAAGGCAGAAAAUACAGACAACAGCAAAGAAAGGGUGAAUGAAGGAAAGGGCCCCGUGGACAGUACUAAUGAGCAGGUAGAUGUUACCACCGAAAACAAUACGGCAGUUGUGAGUGAUUCUGAAAAGAAAUCACCCUUUGCAGAAAAGUGUGAUGUGGUUCAGGAUAGGCUAACUCUUGCCAAAGAUGCUGCCAAAAGACCUUCUGAAGAAAAGAAAGACAUUGCAGACUCACCAACACCUGAUAAAGAUUUAGAUAUUGCUGGAAGUCAGGUGGAAAAUACUUCUAUUGCAAAAGCAAAGACCAGUGAGGUUGAUAAAUCAAACAAAGAAGGAAAAACUUCAGAAAAUUCAGAGCAUGUAGGCUCAGGUGAUAAAAAAAAUGUUGCUUCCAAAAUUGGGAAGAAAGAAAAAAGAGCUGACAGUACAUCCUCAUCCACAGAAAAAACAGAAAAAUCUAACAAAAGUGAAUCUGGUGAAAAGGAGAUGGAUGCGAAGGAUGUCAAGAAAGAUACUGACAGGACAUCAAAGAAGAGGAAGAAAGAAAAAGCUGAUGAUAAAGAGGAAGGAGCAGUUGACAGUGAAAUUGAAGAAGGUGAAAUAGUUAAAAAGCACAAGAAAAGUAAGAAGAAAGAUAAAAAGAAAGAUAAAAGUGAGAAAGACAGGAGUGAUAGAGACAAAAGUGAACACAGAGAAAGACGUAGGAGUAGGUAUUCUGAUUCACGCUCAGAAUCCCAUUCACACUCUCGCUCUCACAAGAGGCACAAAGGCUCACGUUCAAAAUCACGCUCUGAUGACGGUAGUGAUAGUGACAUAAGCAUCGGGAAACCCAAAAUGGUGGAAAAGAGUUAUUUCAGCGAGUCCAGAGGCUGCUGGGUAACACGGAUGGUCCCGAAGGAAGACGACAGUUCAUCUGACCCUGAUGAUGGAGACGAACCCUACGACAUUGGCGACACCUUCAUCCGCCAUCCUGCACAUGACAGAAGGAGCGUGUUUGACAGACUUGGCAGUGGGAGCAGCAGUCGUAGAGGACACUUCAAUGACCGAUAUGACAGGCAUUCACGCUAUGGCUACAGUCGCAGAAGGGGGCGUUCCUAUUCAAGGUCACGUUCUAGGUCGCGGUCAAGGUCCCCCAAGUUUAAGAUUGACAAGAAGAAACUUUUGGAGAUUGCCAAGGCCAAUGCUUUACAGAGGAUGAGAGCAGGAGAGCUGCCAGCUAAUUUGCCCAUCCCUGAAUCCAUUAAGAAAGCAGCUGACUCAUAUGAGGUCAAUGAAUCCAUCCAAAAGUUCACUGAGCGAUGCAAGGCCUUGGCUAAUCUUCAAGGAGGCAGUUCUGAUGAUGACUCUCCGGUGAACAGACCGGUCGGAUCUGAUGAGGAAGAUGGGGAUGAGUCUCAGAAACCAUUCGUCAGACAUCCUUUCAAGGUCAAAGAAGCGGGACCCAUUGUAUUGAACAUCAAGAAUGCUGUACAGAUACCAGUGGGCGGUAAGGACACCCUGAGGGUUCAGUUCCCAGUGUCCAGUGGUUCCCAACAUCGUAAGAAAGAGGAGGAGAUCAUCAUUGCCAAUGCCAAUGACCCCUAUGGCCAAUGGACAGCUGUUGAGAAACCAAAGCCCAAGCCAGACCCCAAACCACCGGCAGCACCCACCACAAAAGCCAGUACUACUACUACACCACAGCCACCAACUCCGGCAACUGGGCCAGCAGCCGCACCCGCAACUACACCGGCAACUCAGACCACCCCAGCAAUAACAGCCACACCUCCUGCUUCUGUUACUUCUGCUGCUGCUGCUGCCCCUGCUGGACCAUACGUUCCUGGAGUGACCAACAUCCAGCCACCAAAGCCGGUUGCAGAGGAGGACAGGGUCUUUGAAGAUGCACCAGGAUUUUCUUAUGACAUUGGUCAGAUUGUUUCUGCAAGACUGAAGGCCGCCAGAGCUCUACAAUCCAAUCCCAAUAAUGUGGAGGCACUCACCGUUCUUCAUCACUCACAAAAACAGAUUCGGACAUGGGCGCAUAGCAGCAAGAAACCUGGUUUGUUCACAGGUAGCACUGACGCUACUUUCCUCCGUCCAGAACAGCUUAGUAAUCCGAAUAGAAAAAAUCAAGCAUGGAUAAAGAAGGACAUGUUCCUGACAGCUGCACCGGUCAACACGGACAUCGGACGCUCACUAAUGCAUAAGAUGGGGUGGAAGCAGGGAGAAGGUCUUGGCAAGAACAAAGAGGGCGCACUCAAUCCAUUAUUGCUGGAAAUCAAGACGGAUCGGCAAGGUCUGGUAGCUGCGGCAGAAAAGCCUAAGAAGAAAGGUGACGUAUCCAAGGUAAUCCGCAAGGACCUGUCUGGCAAACACCCCGUGAUGGCGCUAAAUGAACUCUGUAAUAAGAAAAGAUGGGGCAAACCAAACUUUGAGGUUGUCAGAGAAGAUGGUCCAGCUCACAGGAAAAACUUUGUUUUCAAGGUACGUAUCCGUAACGAAGAGUACAUUUCGACUGUGCCUUCGGCGAAUAAGAAAGACGCAAAGGCUUUGGCAGCCACGGUCGCUCUUCAGAAAAUGGGCCUACUGAUGUCGUGAUCAAGAAUCAAGCACACCAUUCAUGGAAGACGGAAUUAAAAGCACAAAAGUUACCUCAAGUUGACUUUUCUUUCAUAUAUAAACAAGCUGGAUAGGCCUAAAGAACUUUCAGAGAUGUCAAUCUGCAAGCAAUUUCCUGAUUUCAAGCUCUGAUGACGUCCUUUUUCUGACUUUAUAAAGGACAGCACGCAUGGGGCUUUUGAACAUGUUAAGCUUCGCUUCAGGCUGGCAUCACUGAACUUUGUUUCACGUGAAGAAAAACUUAGUACUGAAUCCCCGAUGUGGCUUCGGCUUCGUCUAGACACCGGAAGAGGCAGUCGGCUAGUACAAAAAUGCAUAAGGCCGUGGUAUCUUUCUGCUGGACAAGCAACUUUGAGAGGGUUUGGAUGUAACCAUGGGAGUAAAAGAAGGAGGGAGCAAGAAGUAUCGUGGGCCAGAUUUUCGUGUAAAAAACUUCCUUUGACUGCUUUGAGUGGGGGCUGACCAUGCUGAAAAUAAUCAGAUAAUCAUUUUUACGUUUUUGUACAGUUGAGGAAAAGUGUGUGGGGGGGUGGGCUACCACGACCCCUGUCAAAAAAAAUAAGACGAUUCGGGUAGGUCACCAAAAAGGCAUGGGUACUUUCUCUUUUCCAUGGGCUUGUUUAUAGAGUACCAUUGGCUGUGUAGUGUUCAACAAUGGCAUCGCUAGCAGUUACCAUUGUAAUUACCAUUGAUGAGAGUUAAUGGUCAAAUUUAAUACAUCGGUCCAAGGUAAAAUCUUUUACAGAAUGAGCCCUAUUCUAACUUUAGCCAUAUUUUAGGAUUCUAUUUUUCUCCAGACCAAGUUUGUUUUUAAUUCAGGGGGUCUGGUAAAUUUGACCCAAUCCCCUUUGAAUUUGCAGAAGUACUUUUACAUUAUAGUAUACCCAUCAUGUGUGCAAAUAUUUGACUAGUUAAUGCAAUUACAUUUUGAACAGCACGAAAUCAACUUGACUGAGGCUAAAAUUACUUUGGUAUUUUUGAUAUCCGUCUUUCAUCAUGAUUUCUCAUUAAGAUUAAACGCUUUAUGAAAAGUGAAAAUAUGAUAUUUCAGGAAAAGCAGAAGAAAAAAGCGUCAUGUAUAACUACAGUCAACUCUUUCCUAUUUUGGGAUUGGAAAAACUUUGAAGAAAUUUUUGCUUUUAUGAGUUGUUAAUAUUAACAAAAUUUGAAGACCAAUAAACUUGGCUUAAUAUCACCCAUCAAAGUUUUAUAAGAAAUUGUAUAAACUUACAAGUGCAAAGGUUGCAGAUGCAUUGUACUUUUUCUGACCUAAGACCAUGAUUAGUAUGAUUCUUGCAGUUUUAAAACUUUAAUUUUUUAAAGACUAUAUUAAAGCAAAUAUCAAAAUAAAGAUUAAACACAUUUUAUUUUUUUACAUCGUACUGAACAAUGUACAUUGAGAAUUUUCUGAAGUUGCCAUUAAAUUAUGUUCAAGGUUUGAAAUAGUUUGAAUAAUGUUUGUAUAUACAUCAAAAAAAAUAAACCAUGCAACUAAAAUAUGCAUUUCACUUUGUCUUUAUUGUAGUUUAUAAAAAUUCAUUAUAAAUUUGCAUUAAGUCACAUACAUACACAAAAUAUAAUAUUAAUAGUUACAUCUGUACAACACUAAUAAAUACAUUUCAGAAUUUAGGAAUUCACCUCUUGCAUUACACAUGGUAAAGUUCCCAAUUUUCUGCAAUAC